UCAAAGAGCCGACUCUACGAGCCGCUUCGUUCGCGAGCGACACAUCCCAGCUGCAUGGUGACUGGGAAUCCACCCACAGGCACGACUUAUUUCCAGACUGGACCACGACUGGACCUCCUCACGGCGAGCAACACGAACCGGCUCAAGCCAAAUGCCGGACACCAGCACAGGUACCUUCGCGGAUGAAUCACUGGCGGCGGGGGAUGUUUAUGAAGACAUAGGUCCCGAACCUCCGAGGAGGCUGGUGUGGAGGAACAUCUUCCUCAUGGUCCUGCUGCACGCCGGGGCGAUUUACGGAGUCUUCCUCAUCCCGACUGCUUCCGCACUCACACUCGCCUGGACCGCCGCGUGCUUCGUCAUCAGCGCCCUGGGAAUAACAGCCGGAGCACACAGGUUAUGGAGCCACAGGACCUACAGGGCUUCCCCCCCUCUAAAGGUCUUCCUGGCUUUCGCCAACUCCAUGGCCUUUCAGAACGACAUAUACGAGUGGGCCAGGGACCACCGCGUGCAUCACAAGUUCUCCGAAACGGACGCCGACCCCCACAAUGCAAAGCGGGGCUUCUUCUUCGCCCACAUCGGAUGGCUGCUGGUACGCAAGCAUCCCGACGUCAUCGCCAAGGGCCGCAAAGUGGACCUGUCCGACCUGGAGGCCGACUACGUGGUCAUGGUUCAGAGACGGCACUACCAGCUCUCGGUGGUCAUCCUGUGCUUCCUGGUGCCCACGUUGGUGCCCUGGUACCUGUGGGGUGAAUCCCUCCUGGUGGGGUACUUGCUACCGGGCCUGCUGAGGUACACGAUGGUGCUCAACGCCACCUGGCUGGUCAACAGCGCCGCGCACAUGUGGGGCAACAGGCCGUACGACCGCAACAUCAACCCCAGGGAGAACUCUCUGGUCGCCUUCAGCGCCUUAGGCGAAGGCUUCCACAACUUCCACCACACCUUCCCCUUCGACUACGCCACCAGCGAGUUCGGCUGCAGGCUCAACCCCACCACCGCCUUCAUCGACCUCAUGUGCCUCCUGGGUCUGGCCUCCGAGCGCAAGACCGUGUCCAAAGAGAUGGUAGCCGCCCGGGUGCAGCGGACGGGCGACGGCAGCGCUAUGAGUGGCUGAGGUGGAGCACGGACGCUCGAUGGCGGCGGCGGCGGCGUCAUGAGAGGAUGAGGCGUCUGUGCGUGCUGUGAGCCGGUGUCGCUUUUUUCCACGCAAAUAUUAAACACGUUGCAAGAUGGAAGUCGGAUCCACGCUUGAUUGAUGUCCUUUUCUCGUCAUUUGCCAAACUCAUCCUUGUAAAAUCACUACUGUUUAUUCUCUUUGUGCUGUUUGGCUUUUUCUUGACCUUUUCCUGUUGAAUCAUAUUUUGAGAAUGUGCCGGGGGUCGCAACGGGGGCUGCAGUUUGGGCAACCCCCGUUUUAUUUAUAAAAACGUUCCAACAGGGAAUGAUAAGUUUGUCAAAGACUGCAAGAUGAGAUGCUAUAAAAUAUUGUCACACACACCCCCCCCCCCCUCCUUUGUGGUUGUAUAUUUGAUGGUGUUUAAAAACAGAACGUGUCGUCUAAUAAACCCCAUUUUUGUAUAUGA